AUCGGGACGUGAAUCUCUCGUUUCCUCACUUCCCCCCUCUCCUUCUAUUUAACCCUUCUCCUCCUCAGUAUUCAUUUACCCAGAUCCCAAAAAAAAAAAAAAAAGAAAAAACCGAAUUUCGCGAAUCCGAACCCUAAUCUCGAUUCGAGAACGAUCGGAUCCGAUCAUCGUCUUCGUGCUCUUCGAUCUCGCGCGGCGGCGAGGCGAUGGCGGAGGGGGCGGCGACGUCGUACGUGAAGCUCACCAAGGAUCAGGAUGCGCCCAUGGAGGAGAUCCGCCCCGGCGAGCUCAACCAACCCGUCCGCGUUCCCGAGUUGGAGGUCCGGAGGUGCCAUGAGUGCGGGCAGCCACUUCCGGAGAGCUAUGAGCCACCAGCGGAUGAGCCCUGGACGACAGGGAUUUGUGGGUGCGCGGAGGAUACUGAGAGCUGCUGGACUGGAUUGUUCUGUCCUUGUGUUUUGUUCGGGCGCAAUGUUGAGAGCCUCAGAGAGGAUAUCCCUUGGACACAGCCAUGCAUUUGCCACGCAAUAUUUGUUGAAGGAGGCAUGGCGCUUGCAGCUGCCACAGCAAUCUUUCAUGGCAUCGAUCCAAGGACCUCUUUUCUGAUUGGAGAAGGAUUAUUGUUCGCGUGGUGGAUGUGCGGCAUAUACACUGGUCUCUUCAGACAGUCUUUGCAGACGAAAUAUCAUCUCAAGAACUCUCCAUGCGAUCCUUGCGCGGUCCACUGCUGCAUGCAUUGGUGUGCAAUCUGCCAGGAGCACCGGGAAAUGAAGGGACACCUCUCCGAUAAUGUCGUCAUGCCGAUGACCAUCAUCAACCCACCUGCGGUGCAAGAAAUGAACGUGAACGAGAAUCGCGAGUCAGCGGGAUCUGAGAACGGCGUCCACAACCAGCACACUGAAGUCGAGAUUCAGCCUUUGUAGUGAAUGCAACAUUUCUGCCUAAGGUCAGGUUCUGAUCUUAGCAUCACAGUUUACUUGGCUUAUUUUCCCCGGCUUCUGAUUAUAUCUUAGUUUCCUGUAGAUUUUGGUAAUUUUUCAAUGCGGAAGUCGAUACACUACAUCAUUUUUUGGCACCAAUUUGAGUCAUCAAUUGUCGUCGGAUUUAUCAUUUCGUGUUUUACAGAAUAAGAAAUGAAAAUUACUAUAUUUAGUUUCCUGUCACUAUUUCUAAGGAGAACUUUUAUACUUGCUAGGUCAUCGUUUUUGUAUAAGAAAGAAACAUGACAAGUAAACAUCUCUGAGGGUCGGAGAAAUGUUUGAUUAUUCAUCUUCAACAAGCAAAUAUUUUGAUUAUCA